AUGACUGCUGAUAGUUCUCGCAUGGUUGCGCUCGUCCCUUUGUUGCUAAAGUCAAAUGCUGCACAGAGUUUGAUUGAAGAUUACGCAGCUUGCUUAGAGUUACGUUCGGAAGAGUCUCAGACCAUAGAAGACACCAAAUAUGACAUAGGAGUUCUUAUCAUUCAGGUUCUCACCAUUUGCUGCUCAUCGAUAAUAUCAACCGCCCACCCCCAAAUAUCGCACAGUUCUACAGCCAAAGUUUCAUUACAGUUGCUUGAAGUAUUACGGGUUAGGCAUGCAAGGGCACGGACUCUGCGGGCUGGCCAAAGUCUGGUUUCAGCUAAAGAUCUUUGUCAGGACCCAUGUGCAUCACAAGGGUGGAGAACAAAGCAGCUUCAAGUUUUUUCUUUUGUUAUAUGUGAAUCUGAGAUGACACUACAAAAAACAAGGCUUCUAGGGACGGCAUCACAAGGGUGGAGAACAAAGCAGCUUCAAGUUUUUUCUUUUGUUAUAUGUGAAUCUGAGAUGACACUACAAAAAACAAGGCUUCUAGGGACGGCCACUUCUACAAAAAACGUACCUAGAGGUUCGUUCACAGUGAAGCGACACUUUAUUCUCAGGGUUUGCAAAUUACAAGAGAACACUUUCCGCGUCUUCAUUGAUUUUGGGUUUGCAAAUUACAGAUGCUCAUCAUGCAAACUUAGGGUGCAUAUUUCUGGUGGUGGCAGUUUUCCUCUAGCGAGCGUUACUAGCUUAGCUGAUCCUUUCCCUUUACCAUCUGUUGAUACCAAUAAUCUAAAGUGGGUAAAAUCCUAUAAGCGGACCAGAGUACCAUUCUUUCCAGUGGUUCAGAUCAGCCGACUUCAUGUUCCGUUAGAAAGCAAGUACCUCGAGCCGGUAAUCUUGGACACAUUACACGUAUUUCUAAUAGGCUUAUUCAGCUGGGAAAUGGAAACAGUCACAUCCAUGAAUACAUACAGGGAAUGCAACUGCUCUGUUACUCUUCUUGUCUCCAGUAGUGUAAACUGUAAAGUACAAACGGUAGUUAUUGGUGGCGCAAAUUUGGGGAAAAAGUGCUAAAGGAAACCUAAAUCCCAGGAUAUGUGACACAGAACGGUGCAGGAAGGGUUCUAAUCCGCUACAUUAGCUUAUUCGGAUUGACGAGGUCUUUAGGCAUUUCAGACGCAGGAAGGGUUUGCUGUAAAGUGUUAACAAAUGAUACACGGAGACACCAUUUGCUGUAAAGAGUAUAUGAACAUCUAGAUUCUUGCUUGUUUUUUGAGAACAACUUGUUUUUGAGAAUGAGUGGGUCUCUUUUGUAAACAAAUUAACAACUUUGUUUUGAGAAUAUAUAUAAAAAAUUUCAU